AUGAGUUCCCGAAAACUACAGCAGGAAUUCGACAAGCUCCAAAAAAAGGUCACCGAGGGCUUGACCCAGUUCGACCAGACGCACGAGAAAAUUUACGCCACCGACAACGCCAGUUUGAAGGAGAAAUUGGAGGGUGAACUCCGAAAAGAAAUCAAGAAGUUACAACGAUCCAGAGACCAGGUCAAGCAAUGGCUGAGCGAUAGCUCCAACAAGCUCGACCGCGAGCAGCUCCAGGAUAUCCGCGGGCUCAUUGAAAACGCCAUGGAGCGCUUCAAGGAGGUGGAAAAGGUGCUGAAAAUGAAGCAGUUUUCAAACGAAGGCUUGGAGAUGCAGACCAAGUUGGGCGCGCGGGGGUUGGACGAGGCCAAGAAGUUGGAGGCCCUGAAAUAUGUGACCGACGUUUUGGACGAGUUGAAUCGUCAAACGGAGUUGUUACUGGCGGAGAUGGACCAGUACGCACACAAGAAAAAACUGGCGGCCAUCCAAGCGUCCGUGGACGAAUUGAACGAGAAGAUCGACCGGAACAACAGUCACGUGGAACGCUUGGAGUUGGUUCUCCGGAACUUGGAGAACGAUCGCUUGGAGCCCUCGAAAAUAGACGACAUCCGCGACGACUUGGACUACUACUUGGAGAAUAACCAGGCGGACGACUUCGUUGAAUAUGACGACUUUUACGAUGCACUUGAACUUGAUGAGUCGUUGGAAGUGACACCCGCUUUCCCAGCUGCUCCUGCGGAGCAGAGUAGUGCUACACCCAGUCCGAAGAAAGCUUCUUCUGCAAAUCCAGUUACGCCUUCUGUUGAGAGACCCGUCUACGCUGCUGCGCCUGCGACCGCACCAGCUGCUACUCCCGCUACUGUCACUAUUGCCAAUGGCUCUGGUUCUUCUGGAACCCUGGCGGCUGGUCCCUCUACUCCAUUAUCGGCUCCCCUCAGUCAAAGCAAAGCGCCUCCACCGGGGCUCACUUCGCUCGGCUCGAAGCCCACAACUCCUCUUCCUACUCACCGUUUGACUGUGGCAGAAGAGCUCAAGAAAAAGGCUCUAACUCAAGCAGCCGUAGCUGCCAAUUCUACUCCAAACUCACAAGCGCAAAUCCCAGAGUCCGCGCAUGCAGCACAAGCCGCUUCCCUUUCAGCAACGCUUGCGCGCUCUAUCAGUAACGACAGCACAAAUAUGGGCUCGCUGGUUCACUCCGCUUCGGCUGGAGGUGCUGGAUCUGUAGCGCUGCCAUCGCCGCUGCCAGCAUUGAGCCAUGAUGGUAGAAAACAGGAACUCACCUGUCAGCUCCCGUCGGUGGUCGACUCGAGACUCAAAAACCCAUUGCCGUUCCUGGCUGUUGUGCAUCAGUUGGAAGCCUCGCUAGUCAACUGUCCAGACUCAUUUGACCUGGAGGUCCCUCGCCAAUACAACCCGAUCAACGUGCAUCCUUCGUCGGUAGACUAUCCACAAGAACCUAUGUACGAGUUGAAUUCGGCUACGAUCAUGAAGAAGUUCGACACCCACACUUUGUUCUUCUGUUUCUACUACAAUGAGGGCGUCGACAACUUGUCUAAAUACAACGCUGCCAGAGAGCUCAGCGCCCGUGGCUGGAUCUUCAACGCAGAAACAAAGCAAUGGUUCAGCGAAGACGACAGCAACAAGCCCCGCAAGGCUUCUCUGGUGGCUCCCGAAGGUGCAGCCACCAGCGGGCAUAGUUAUAAGUACUUUGACUACCAGAGCAGCUGGCUAGUGAGGAGAAAGGAGAAUUUCGAACUCAAGCCGGAGGUUCAGCAGACGUUUUAG